CGGCUGCUUGCUGGAGCGAGCUUCCACUUAACUCCGGUCCCGGUCCCCGCGCGCCAUGUCCCUCCUCGGCGGGCUCAGCGCCCCGCCGCCGCUGCUGCUGCUGCCGCUGCUGCUGCUGCUGUGUCCGCCUACGGCGCAGGGUGACUGCAGCUUUCCCCCAGAGGUACCUAAUGCCAUACAAAGUGUGGGUGACCGCCAGAGUUUUCCUGAGGAAACCACAGUAACAUACAAAUGUAAAGAAGGCUUUGUAAAGGUUCCUGGCAAGGCAGACUCCGUGGUCUGUCUCAACAAUAAAUGGUCAGAGGUGGCAGAAUUUUGUAACCGUAGCUGUGACGUUCCAACCAGGCUACAAUUUGCAUCUCUCAAAAAGUCUUUCACCAAACAGAAUUAUUUCCCAGUGGGUUCCAUUGUGGAAUAUGAAUGCCGACCUGGCUACCAAAGGGACCAUCUUCUCUCAGGAAAACUAACUUGCCUUCCGAAUUUUACAUGGUCCAAACCCGAUGAAUUUUGUAAAAGAAAAUCAUGUCCUAAUCCUGGAGAUUUAAGACAUGGUCAUGUCAGCAUUCCAACUGACAUAUUGUAUGCUGCAGUUAUCCACUUCUCGUGUAACGAGGGGUAUAGAUUAGUCGGUGCAGCUUCUAGUUACUGUUCCAUUGUAAAGAACGAUGUUGGAUGGAGUGAUCCAUUGCCUGAAUGCCAAGAAAUUUUUUGUCCGGAACCACCAAAAAUUAGCAAUGGAGUCAUUCUAGAUCAACAGAACACUUAUGUGUAUCAACAGGCUGUAAAAUAUGAAUGUAUAAAAGGCUUCACCCUGAUCGGAGAGAACUCUAUUUAUUGUACUGUUAAGGGUGACCAAGGAGAAUGGAGUGGCCCGCCGCCUGAAUGCAAAGGUUCUCAGAUUUCUACAGUCAUACUAGCAACAGAGACACCCACCACAGUAAGUGCAUCAGCUACAAAGCCCACAUCAACUCCUCAGAAACCCACCACUGCAAAUGUUACAGGUACCAAAGUCACAUCAGCUCCUCAGAAACCCACCACAGGGAAUGUUCCAGGUACCGAAGCUACAUCAACUCCUCAGAAACCCACUACAGCGGAUGUUUCAGCAAAACAGAGUUCAGCUACUCCCAGGACAACCAGCGCACCUCAUGGAAGAGGGACCCUCUCUUCAGAUGCUGCCAUCAUUGCAGUUGUUUCUCUCUCUCAAUUCCAAGCAGGUAGCCAAAUUUUGGUCUUCCUUGCUACAUGGGAACAUCAUGACCUGUGGAAGCAGAACCAGUUAAAGACAACUCUCUUUCUUGCCAUUCUUCUCUGAAAUCCUGUACUCUCCACAUGGACUAAUGAAGCGGUGGUGAGGUAGGUAGAAGAGAAUCAGGAAGAGAGAAGAUUCCUAUGAACAACAAAGAAGACCUGUGUUGCUCAAAGUCUCUGAUCCAAGCAUCCUGACAGUUUCUAGGGUGGGGGAGGUAAGGACUCAGAGGUGAGUGAUGGGAUGUAUAAUGUUAUAUUUUGAAGCUGGGACUAACAGGAUUUAUUAAAGGAUCAGGUGUGCAGUUAAAAAGGGGAAGAGUAAUUGAGGAGGACCCCAAAGGUUUUCGCUUAAGCAACAGAAAGGAAACAGUCUCUCUUUCCUAACCUUACUUCCCUUGGGAAAGACUUUUAUAACAGAAAGAUCAAUAGUUUGAUUUACCCAUGGUAAGUUCGAGAUGCCUUUUAGACAUCAAAGUGAAGAUGUUGUAAGCAUGUCAAAAAUACAAAUCGGAAGCUCUGAAGAGGGGUCUAGGCUUGAGAUCUAUAUUGGGGAGUCAUCAGUAAGAGAACAUGUUUCAAUGAACCCAAAUGAAAAAAACAGGAUGAAGACUUACAUUCAACAUUAGGGUUUACAAUACGGAGGUCAUUGGUGGCCUUGACCAAAGCUCUUUCAGUGGGGUGGUUGUAAAAAAGGUUAGGUGGAGGGGCUAAAACAGAGACUGGGAUGAGAGAGAUUUUUUUUUUUUUAAGAUUUUAUUUAUUUAUUUGACAGAGAGAAAUCACAAGUAGGUGGAGAGGCAGGCAGAGAGAGAGAGAGGGAAGCAGGCUCCCUGCUGAGCAGAGAGCCCGAUGCGGGACUCGAUCCUAGGACCCUGAGAUCAUGACCUGAGCCGAAGGCAGCAGCUUAACCCACUGAGCCACCCAGGCGCCCGGGAUGAGAGAGAUUGAAGAGAGCCAAUGCAGAUGAAUAUGGACAACUUUUCUGAAAAGCUUUACCAAAAAGUUCGGGCAGAGAAAUGUUUGCUGGAACAUACUGUCUGCUCAAGGGAGAUUUUGUUUUAAAAUAUGGCGAAAAUUACAUCAUGUAUGCUGAUGGAUAUGAUGCAGGAGAAAGAAGGAAGUAUCUCCCAAAGUCCUUGAGGAGGUGAGAGGUAAUUGACUCCAUCCUGAGAAGUGGUAUAGCUAAGUCGUUAAGAGCAUAGAUUUUGGAGACAGACUGCCUGAGCCAAAUCACACCCCUGCCAUUUAACAACUGCGUGACUUUAGAAAAAUUCCUUGUCUGUGUACCUUAGUUAUCUAUCUAUAAAGUGCCUUUCCAUCUGUAAAGUGGGGAUACAUAGAAUUGCUGUGAGAAUUAAGUUAUAAACAUAAAGUGUUUAGAGUAGUGCCAACCACAAAGGAAGGGCUCAGUAAGUUUUAGCUCUUCUUAGUGCAAAAAUGGAAAGGAAUCUAGAAAUACGUAAAGUGACGCUGGAAUGAGAGUCAUUGUAAGAAAUGACCUUUCACAACACUUGCAACUCUGCUGGCCGAAACAUAUCUAUGUAUGGAACAUCAGGAAGGGUUUAGGAAUCCCAUGUGUUCUGCUUUACCCUGGAUUCCUAUAUUCUCAGGAAGUCACAUUAUAGCCAACACCCUUUGCCACUAGUAUUGCAGAUGUGCCCUCAGGAGGUUCGUUUUUGUUCAUUUUCCUCCAAGGCCACUUCAGAAUGACCAUGAGUGGACCAGAGUGGACUCUGUUCCCCUUGGAGUAGACAGCUGUGAAGCCCACUUACUGCCAUGAAAUUUGGGGCACCCCAAACUUGACCAGCCAAAGGUUUUCUAAGUCCAGGAUCUCAAUUUCUUUGACUACAUAGUUUCCUCAAAAACUCAGUGGGCUUCCGAUCUGUUCACUUCCACUGCAUACUACGGGAUAGUUGCCACUGCCAAGUAAUUUACUAAACUGAAUUCUCAAUCCUGAUCUCUUUCUUCGCCUCCUACUCACCAUCUCAUUCUUUCCCUUAUUUCUGCAAGUUCUCACGCACUGGGGCUUAUUUUCCUGUGUGCCCGGUUGCCUUUGCAAAAUUACUUGUUGGGAUUCCCUAAGGCAUAGGGUAAAGCUACUCUUUCCAGAGAUACUUUAGUUUACCAUAUACUAAUUUUAUUUGGCAGGGUCAUCUGGGUGCUACCUUAAACCACAUUUAGAACAUGAGCUUUCCUGACCCACCUAGGUCUUGAGAACUUGGACUGGGAAUCCUCACCAUGACUGGAUGAUUGCCACUAAUUCUUAGGGUUAAGUUUUUAUGUUUCUAUUCAUUUUUUUUUUCUUCUGUUUCAUUCAACACUAUGGCAAUCUUCCCUACAAUCUUCUGGGGUUAGGGUCAGAAAAGGCCAGGUUUACUUUGGGUUCACUCUGAGCCUGAGGGUAGAGUCCUUUACUAGCCCCUGGGCCCAUGAAAUUAAAAGGAUAAACAUAAGUUUUCUGAUAUCAGUAAAUGGCCCUAUGGCAGAUUUAAUUUUGUUAUUGAUAUUUUCCUUUUCUUUCCUGGGUUCAGUUUUGCAAUCAGAGUUAACUGUGGCAAUCCGCAUGCUGUUUUGUUGGCUUAUCAAUGGGUUUAAGACAAUUUCUAAUGUUUUAAAUCCAGUUCCCUUGGUUACUUCUUAGUGAUUAGUCCAAAUCUUAGGCCACCACUCUUGAAAAAUAGAAUUACUAAGCCCAAUGUGUGAAAAGCGAAAUGUCAAAAGAAAAAAAAAGGACAUGUCAGAAUAAUAUAAUAUUUGUAAAUUUAAAAUAUUAAGUCAAAGAAAAAUAUACAUAGUUGACCUUUCCUUGAGCAGCAUGGGUUGGAAGUACAUAAAUCCACUUACAUGUGAGUUUUUUUUUUUUUAACCAUACAGUAUUGCAAAUGUAUUAUCUCCUCCUCAUGCUUUUCUUAACAUUUUCUUUUCUCUAGCUUUAUUAUAAAAAUAUAGUAAAUAAUGCAUAUAACAUCCAAGAUAUUUAUUAAUUGACUAUGUUAUUGGUAGGGCUUCUGGUCACCAGUAGGCUAUUUGUAGUAAUGUUUUGGGGGAGUCAGAAGUUAUAUGUGGAUUUUCUACUGUGUAGGAAGUCAUCCUUUCACCCCUGUAUUAUUCAAAGUCAACUGUAAUUUCAAGUGUUAUAAAUUGUGAAUGGUCAAAAACAUUUCAAACUGUACAAGAAAAAUUUCUCAUUGAUAGUGGCCAUCAAGCUUUUGAAAAGAUCAUUAAAGAUUCAUGAUCGGGAAUUAUAUAGAGUAUUUCAAGAACAAAAUUCUAUAUAAAAAGUUAUGAAAAAGCUACAUAAGUGAGAAAGCCGAAGUUUCUCAUUUAAAAAUUUGAGAAUAUUUUAUUUGGAAAUUUCAUAUACGUUCAAUAUACAAGACCUUUCCUGAUUCUUGUAUUUUAUUAUUCUUAUCAUAACUAUGUGAUAUUUUUAAUGUAAGAAUUUUUUCAUCACUCCCUAAAUAGGCGUUCCCAGGGGUGCCUGGGUGGCUCAGUGGGUUAAAGUCUCUGCCUUCAGCUUGGGUCAAGAUCCCAGGUUCCUGGGAUCAAGCCCUGCAUCAGGGCUUUCUGCUCAACAGGGGUCCUGCUUCUUCCUCUCUCUCUCUGCCUGCCUCUCUGCCUACUUGUGAUCUCUGUCUGUCAAAUAAAUAAACAAAAUCUUUAAAUAAAUAAAUAAAUAGGUGUUCCCAGAGACCUUCAGUUUAUCAUUGGAUGACAUAGAAAUAUCACAGUUUUCUAUUUGUGCCCAGAUAUGAAAACAGUUAAAAGUAUUGGGAGAGGGAGAAAUCAACAAACAUGCUAAUUAAGAAAUAUAGAAGUAGCUGAUUUUAUUAUUGAGAAAAGUAAAUAUAAUAUAAGUAGGAAUACAUGCAGGUAGCCAACAAAUGGCCACAGAGCUGUAGAGGAUUUUCAGCUCUAUUUACAUAAAAUUAAAACUGCAGUUGUAUACACUGUCCUAGUUUUACUAGACAGGAUUUAUUUUGCAUCAGUGGUUACAUGGAGUGAAGUCUGACACUCCAGCCUUUCCUAAUUCCUUGUUUUUUUUUUUUUUAAGAUUUGUAUUUAUUUAUUUGAGAGGGGGAGAGGCAAAAGGAAAGGGAGAGAGAGAAUCCAGAAAACAGGAUCCCCACUGAGCAUGGAGCCCAACGCGGGACUCGAUCUCAUAACCCGGAAAUCACCACCUGACCCUAAACCAAGAGUCUGGACACAACCAACUGAGCUACCCGGGUGCCCGGAGUCUUUUCUAAUUCUUUGUCAGGCUUGUUCUGAUAUUCUUAUCUUCAUAAUUCUUUACCAAAAUCUUCUAUGUUUGCCCCUAGCAGUAUAACUAGUUCAUCUUAGUCUUUCUCUUCAAAAUUCUUUAGUGAGGUUAGACUAAGCUCAGUUUCCACACAGAAACAUUGUGUGCAGGGCCUCCAAGCAAAAAUUUUUUUUUUUUUUUUCUGAGAAUCCCCUGCCUAAAAUGUAAUUUGGCUUAAAAAUGGAUUACAAAAUUCCUGGUUCCAUGUGAUGUAUAGUCAUUUUUUGAUGAAAAUUUAGAAUGGUAGGUAGAGGAAAAGUACUUUUUUAUGUGUUUAUUAUCUAAUCCAUGCACAUGAAUUAUUCAUAGUGUCCAGGGACCAUCUCUCUCAGUUUGGAUCCUAGAUCCCCUACACUGUUUUAUUCCUAAAUGUGCCCAGUGUGCUACUCCUGGGUAGCUUUAUAGUUCUUUGUGGCAGGAAAAGAUGGCAACAUUGUUCCUACUCACAAUGCCAUAGUUGUUUAGAACCUAUUUAUCUUGAUAUAGGUCUUCUUCUUCCUGCGGUUCCCUAAUACGCAUCUUUAAUCCUGUCAUUAUUCAUUAUGCUGAUCACGCUUUGUGCCACCUGUGAACACUGGCUUCCAAUGACAUUCAAAGGUUGCUACCGUGCUUCAUUGAUGAUGCACAACACAAAUGUGUUUUCCAUUUUCCAGGCAGUGAAAAUGCAAAUAAAACUUCAUUUUCUAA